AUGCCACGACUGGGGAAAUGGGAGAUAUCCGCCUUCUAUUCGGCACAGCGACCGAUUGAGCUGAAACGCCUCACACCCUCCAAUACCAUCUUCUGUGACCCUAACCUCAACCGCCAUUCGGCAGACGCAGUGGCACAGAUUUCGUCGCAAAGCUGCGCGUGGAACUACGUCUCGAGAUCUAGAGAAGCUGCACCCAUUGUCGGCGGCGAGUCGAAGGAGGUAUUUGAGAACAGUUAUCCUGAGCCAGAGGAAGGUGUGCGACCUCGCGCCAUCGAGUCUGAAUCUUGCAAGCCUCUCCCUAGCCACAUCCGUGGCCGGUUGAAGAGGAGACCGGUCCCCUCCAUUUCAAAUUAUGCCUCCAUACGAGGACAUAUCACCAGACAGAUACCAGGUUAUUCGGUGGCCAUCCUCGAUGUCUGCCCAGACGACACAGAUGUACCCACGAGCAGUGGCAUGAUAUCGAAAGAAAUCGCCUGGCAGCGGCCUCAGCAACUCGUCCUGAAAUACUACUCCGCCGCCGAGAUCACUCGUGACCCACGACGAACCGGCCGGGAGUACGUUCCGCGCUUCUUCAACGAGGUCAAUGCAUAUGCCCAGGCGAGGGCCGCCCAGGGAACAGUCCUACCGUAUGUUUGUGGGGUGUAUGAGGAUGCCAGUACCGCGGUCGUGACGGGCCUCUAUCUGGUCAUGGAAUACCUCCCCAAUUCGACCACUCUAAGAGACAUGGAUAGCCAUCUUCGAGCAAGUUUGGUGGGCCUCCUUCGCGAGAAAACCGCGCUUGCUUUGGAGGCGUUGCAUUCCAGUGGCGUCUCGCAUGGCAGUAUGAAGAGUAACCAACUGCUCAUCUGCGCAGACACUCAUGACGAGAAUGAGCAUUCCACGUUUUCGGAGGGAGAGGAUUGGUUUGUGGUCAUCGUCGACCUGCAGUAUGCUAGGUUUCACCGCGCUAUGCAUGAGUUGGAGUUGGCAGCCGAAGUAGACCGGCUUGCCCUGCGAGAAGCAUUUUCUUACUGUGGCUGCAAAGCGGAAGAAGACGACGAUGAUGAGGCGUAUCAACAAUUUAUUCGUGAACGUCAGUUUUCCAUGGGUUACUGUUGA